CGAAAUAAUGUCCAAACUCCUUAACGUCGUUGAAAACCUCGUUGUUUUCCCUGCUCUCGGUAUCAGUUGCAUUUUGUUGUACAUUAAAAACAAUGGCAGGAAAGGAGAAACCGGUGCUGGAUAUAGUCCAUCAAAACUCAAUUCACGUUGAGACGAUCCGGAAAGAGCAAAGAUACCAGAAACUCCACACGGAGUUCAGCAUCAACCCACACAGGACAUUACACGUCCUGCCAGACAAACCCAUGUCAAGGAAACCAACAGAAGUGAUUGCAGAGAACUCGGACUUCAUCGAUGCCUUCCACAAAGCUCACCAAGAACCCACCAAGAAGUAUGCAAUGCCACUGACGGAAAGUCAUGAGAUAGGGUGGCUGUCAGCUCCACUGAUACCAUCAACCCGCAAUGACAGGAGAUUCCAUUUUUCCAGAAUCAGCACAGACGUCACCAUACACCAGGAAAAGGCCAUGCGUGCUUCAAAUUAGACGAAGAGAGAAAGAAUAAAAAUCUCUUACAAUAAGCAA